UAUAAUGGAGAAAAAACGGCUUGAGCAGGAUACGUUUGGCAAUGAUCGUCAUCAUCAUAAAUGACUAACACUAGUUAUCUAAGAUGUCUACUCCUACAGUGGAUAUAAGGUUGCUGCUGGACACUCAACUGUGCGAGCAUCCAUUGGAGACUGCUUUCCAGGGUGCUGUAGUGAAGGUGAUAUUACCUGAGGGGCGUGGUCAACUACCGCUAUUGGAUACCCUCAAGUCGCUCUUUGUUUCCUCCUCUUCGGAAGUGGGUGUGGCUCAUCUGACAUGCCUCACUAAUUACCUGUCCUCCCAAACCAACCAUCAGAGAAUAGCACGACUAACAUCAGUGUUGCACAGCCUGGCAUCCGCUGGCCUUGUCAGCACAAAGGUGUUGUGUGAGCAGCUACUGAGUCAACUGGACCUCAAGAAUGAGUUGGUCUGGACAGAGGGUCUUUCGCUCAUUAGCCAGAUCAUUGGAGGGGUCGACUACAAGGGAUGUCGUGAUGUAAUGAACAUUCUUCUAGAACGCUAUGAUCGCCUCCCACGCAGUCUACCAGAGGAACAACUUGCAGCUCUGCUCAAAGGUCAAGAGCUAUUGACUCGCAUCCUGAACAGAGACUCCUCUCUCCUGCCAGCCUACUUUGCUGCUGAUGCUAUCCAACGUCAUUACCAACCAUUGAAGGAGAAAGGAGGUCCCUCCCAACCUCACUGGGUAUUGCAACCUGCUGUAGGGGGACUCCAGGAGGCCAUGGGAACACUGGCUGAUCUGGUGUCUGGCUCAGUCCAGCCACACUUGAGGCCCAUCUUAGGAUUGACCAACAUGUCCAUUAGUGGCUGGAAACUGGACCCAGAGACUCAUGGCUGCUCACUCAAGGGGCUACUCCCCUACAAGAAGGCAUUUAGAGAAGCUCAAGGAGACCUCUUGUUUCAUGUGCUGGCUCAGCAAAACUCUAAAGACGCUAUCCAUGCAGUACUGGGAGUGAAUCGCACACAACCAACACCCAGCGCUCUGGUAGAAGAGUCCUUGGUAUCGCUAGGACUGUUAGCCAUGGAGCUGUCAGAGGUGAGUGUAGGGGACGAGGAAGGACGUGUGUUUGAAGCAUGGUCCCACUUUGCUAGUCAGCUUGUUUAUUGCCACUUCCUUCAACUCAUCACCAUCACUACACUAUUGGAGAAGCUAAGGUCAAAGUUGGCUCACAAGAGAGUGCGCAAAGGUCGUGACUGGCUCAUGUGGUCAUUACUACACUUCUCUAGCACUGUGCAGAGCAAGGCUGACCAGUCCCACACAAUGAUACAGAAUGAGUUUGUUCCAAUCAUGAAUCUCCUCACUCUGCUCUACAACGAUUCAACACCACUGCCUGUACCUGACCCGUUGUCAAGGGAAUGUGUGUAUCGUUGUGCUGGGGCGUGUGUGUGGGUGGUGUACUCUAACAAGGCUGCAAGUGAGGGGGUGGACCUCCCGUGCUCUCAACCACAUCUGCUCUCUACACAGAUACAGUGGAUCCAGGGACAGGUGGAGUCUCCUCCUGGGCCGGAGCUAGUGUCCAGCAACUACACUGUCCCUCUACUGCUCAACAUAUAUAGCAACAAUAUUGAAGUGAGUAGUAAGUUGUUGGAUGUGCUACUCACCUCGAUGCUGCCCUCUGGUGAUCGCGAGGCCACGCCCAUUUCAUUGUGGGCCCUGAACACACUUGCAAUGCAUGCCAAGAUACGACUCAUGGAAAUGAUUAAAGUUCAUCUUAUUAAAGUGGUCAAAGCUUUCAAGCAAGUCCCUCCCCCCACGGACACACCCACCAUUAGUGCGGCCCUAUUGGAGACAUACUCACGACUGUUGGUCUGGUUAGGCACUCGCAACUUCCAGGCUCACCUCAUACCAGCUGUGUUUGAGUCUCAAGCCUGGGGCAUUCUCCAUGCUCUCUUGGAGAUCAUUGUGUUCAGAGUUCACCUCCAGCUGCAAUACUCUUAUAGGUUCCAACUGUUACAGCAGCUCCACACAGUGGCCAGUGUGUCCAUCAUCCCCCCUCAACUACACUGCUCCACUGAGAAUGCUGCUCUCAAGCUAAUACAAGGUCUCAACAGCCCUGAGUUCCUCAUACAGCUAGUCAAGGCACAGUUUGCACUGGACCCUAAGCCGCUGCUGUCUGUUGAUUCGGAGGAGUUGAAUAGAGUGUUUGUUCGAGUUGUUGCACAGUCUCUGGCUACCUCCAGUACGGACCCUGCCAACUGGUUGGAUCAGUUCAUGAGGACAGUGCUAACCACAGCCCCUAAUUGUUGGAGUCAGAGCACACUAGAACACUUCCCCCCUGCACUGCGCGUGUUCUGCUCCACUCCUUCUCCUCCUGAUGGAGCUCUUGUGGCUAAAGUAGAAGAGGAGAGUCGACGCUUUUUUGGACUGAGUUCAGAGGCUGAACAGAUUCGUGUGUUUAUGGAGACAGACUCUGCAGCGUACUUCAUAUGUGUACUGUGGAAGGGUCUGAUGGAGAGGGGGACUGUGAACCCUGCACUUGUCAAGGUGGCUCAGAGGACUCAACCUAAGAAACUUGCAGCCUUCACUAGGAAGCUUAUCGACUACAUCAUCUUCUCCAUGCCCCAGCCUGCAACAGCUGAACACAUCACCAAGGUGGCCUCUCACCUCUUGGAGCUUGUGUGGCAGCACCACUUGUUCACUGUGGACCGACUUGCCCUGUGCAUGUUGCUGCGAGGGUAUGAACCUGAGCUAGAGGUGGUGUGUGUGUCCAUUGUAUGUGAUGUCUUACUAGCCAGUGAAGAGCUGCACAAUCGAUUGAAGAACCUGGUUGAGUCAGUACCCAGUGACUACUGGAGGUGUCAGGACUGGGGCCAGAAACACUCUGCUUACAAUGCUGCUCAUCCAGAGAGCUUUCAAUGUGAGACACCAGGUCCUCAAACCUCCUCCCUACCCAUGCACUUUGGUAACCUUUGUCUGAGACUACUACCGGUGCUGGACCUGCUCAUACAGAGACUACUAGAGGUCACCUCUGCUGCUGAUAAAUAUCUUGUGCGUUUGUUGGAAUGUUUCAAGGACCUCUACAAAUAUCAUGAUCAGCCGUUGACCUUCCUCUACUUCACACUCCAUCAUUACAGCGCAGUGUUUGCAGGUCAUCACGAAUGGAAGCUUCUGCUCACAUACUCCAUUGUUGGCUCUCAACAUGACGCCCACUCUUUGGAUUGGUACUUCACGGGCCCCCUCACACAGCUACUCCAGGGGGGAGGUCAAUGGAGCCCCUCCUCUGAUUACUUCCAUUCCCUUGUAACGAGGUUAAUGAAAGGACUGAAGCCAUUCAACAUCUUUGGACCCGUGGCAGAGUGGCAUUUCACAGAGUUUGCUAGUCCGAUGACCUUUGCCCUCUACACUGCUCUGGUGGAGCUCAUGUGUGUACCUCUCCCUGGUACUGAGACUGUCAGGCACCUCAUUACUACAGCCUAUGACAAAGCGGCAGAAGGUGUAUCAGAGAUUGAGCUCAUGAGUUGGAUCAACACUGUUACCUUGGUGAUGGUAUCUCUACCGGAGUGUUUCCAUGGUUCCCUGUAUCAGGAGAUAGUGGGGGCGUUGUCCCUUACAGACACGCCCCUUCAAGACACACCCCUUUUAGCCGUGGUGCAUGCCUACUGGCAUCACGCUAAUCUUGGACUCCUCCUGCCUCUACCAAAGUGGUUAGGCUCUGUGCUGGGUCCUCUGGUAACCACGGAGACUCGUCUCUUGUUCACCUGUCGUCUCUUGGGCCCUCUACUCAAUAGACUCACUGCAGAGAAACCAAAGCUCUUGUUAGAGGUUGUCUUGGAGAUAUACAAGAUGCUACAGAGAGUGGACAAGGAACAAGCAGGUCACAUGACCCACUCGGACCUACUCUGCGACUACCUAUACCAUAUCAAGUACAUGCAUAUUGGAGACUGGGCUGAGAUAGAAACCAUCACCAACAGUCUCCACACUCCACUCAAGUGGAGGCUCAGGUUCAUGCACUCUGAGAAAACUGCAUAGAUGGACAGUCAAUAUCAGUAUAAUUAUAAAUUGUGCAUUAUGUGAUUUCAUUCCAUUUUUGUAAAAACUGUUAAAAGUAGUGUUCAUUCC